ACCAACAAUGGAAAAAACAUCUUACAGACUGAAUUUUUUGUAUCCACUAUUACAGAGGGAAGACAAAAAAUUGCACGAUUUUUUAGAAAGUGCAAUGGUGGGGACAAUGUUUGCUCUUCCUUGGUAUUUAACAUGGUUUGGUCAUUCAUUAAAUCAGUAUCGAGAUGUAGUACGACUUUAUGAUUAUUUUCUUGCAUCCCCUCCUUUGAUGCCAUUAUAUACCGCAGCAUCAUUAGUAUUGUACCGUAAGGAUAAAAUAUAUGAAGCUGGUUGUGAUAUGGCAAAUAUACACUGUUUGUUAUCACAAAUACCAGAUAACAUUGAUUUUGAAGAAGUUUUGAGGUGUUCAACGAGAUUAUUUGAGAAGCAUCCACCACACAAGCUAGAAAAAGACGUAAAUAAACGUGUUAAAAGAGAAAAAGAACAGUUAAGAAGAAAAGCAAGGGCACCUUCUUCUUGGUUAGUGUUUCGUAAUUAUAUACCGAACUGGCUACUGCUACAUUAUAGGGGAAAAGUGGGCUUGUUCAUUGCUACGGCAACCGUUCUUUUCGGGCUGUACGCUUAUUUAAACAUGUCAGAGUCUGGACCAUUGUUUUACAAACGAAAUCUUCGGAAUACCUGACAAUUAUUAGUGGCUUCAUCGACUAAAAUGAUGAUGCACAAUCGAUUUUAUACGCUGUUUUAAAAUAUGUGUGCUAUUUUUGAUACAAAAAGUAAUUAUAAAUAAUCAUUUGUUAUCAUUUUAUUUUACUUAUACAAGGUAUCAUAUGCAAGUGUAAAGCAUUUAUUAAAUGUGUAUUAUAUAGUAGGGUAAAAUCUUAUUUAUUUGCUUUAGUUGGCAUACAUUUCGUAUAUAUAGAGAAGUAAAGUUAGAUUGUAUUAAGCCUACCAAAAUCUGCUAAUUAAAAUGUUUUAUAGUAUUUAAAUGUUGAAAUAAUAUUUCCUGUUUGAAUGUAAAUAAGUGUUAUUAUACAAAAAGAAAAACUAUUAGCAUUAAAUGAAACUUUCCUGUUACCUACUAAUUAAAUCAGUUGUAUUUUAUUUUGUUAAGAUGUGGGUUUUUGGUUGAUUCAGUUAGCGCAUCAAAUAUUGAGUUUAUUAUCAUUAAUAGAAGUUUCUCAUUAAUAUAAAUACAAAAAAACGUAUUUCUAAAGGUCUUGUUAUUACCAGACUGUUUACCGCUUUCUUCUUCAGAACGUUUAAAAUCCCGAAGAAGGCAACGGUAUGACUCUCGAAACGUUUACUUCUGACGUGACAAACAGCCUAAAAAUAACAACAUUAUUAAUGGAAGCCUACAAAUUAAAUUAACGUAUUUUUAAAUGUCUGGAUGUUGUGAAAAAAAUUUUUUGAUUCUUUUCUAAAAGUAGCAACUUUUCUCGAUAACAAGUGAUAUGAUCCUUAAAAAAACGGUAAAUUUUAUAAAA